AUGGAGCAGAUGAUGAGUGUGCAGCAAACACUCGAUGAAGUCAAUGAGCUUAAGCUCAAAAUUAACGAUAAAGAGAUCGACCGGCAAAAUGACGCGUUCAAGCCCCAGAUCCCUCUUGACUUGACGCGCGCAGAUGCGCUGACUGAACGGUUUGCUCCAGAUGGUGGCGGGGUUCGUGGAAUUGCGAGCCUUCUGAUUUUGCAAGCCGUUCUCGACAAAGCGGCUCCCGGCAAGAAGCCGUGUGAGAUCUUUGACAUGAUCGGUGGCACUAGUACUGGAGGUCUGAUCGCCAUCAUGUUGGGCCGCCUCCAAAUGAGCGUCGCCGAAUGCAUUACCCAGUAUGAUAACGUCAUGAAGGAGGUCUUUCCAGAGACGGGCGAUAUCAAGAAAGCUUUUAAUCUUGCUACGCAAGGCGAAUUUUACGAUUCCAGCAAUUUGGAAAGUAUUAUCAAGAAGCUGAUCAAGGACAAGCUCGGCGAUUCUGAGGUAGACUUGCUGGACGAGAAGGGUGCUUGCAAGAUUUUCCUCAUGGCGACUAAUUCCCAGGCUGCGAACAACCGUGCUCCUAUCUUCCUGCGCUCAUACACGAACCCCAAUAACGUAGAAGACAGCGCACUGGUGAAUAUGAAAUUGUGGCAGGCGGCUCGCGCCACCUCGGCUGCUCCGGCAUAUUUCAAGCCACUGCAGGUGAACGGAUAUACAUUGGUCGAUGGCGGCCUGGGUGCAAAUAACCCAUUGGGAUGGCUCUGGACCGAAGUCCUCGGGGUCUUCGGCCCCACCCGAGCCACCGACUGCUUCCUUAGCAUCGGCACCGGUAUGGCUGCCAAUGCCCCGGUCCUCCAGCCGGGCAUCAUCCCGUCUCACGCGGUCGAGGAAAGUUACGUCUCCGUCGCCACGAACAGUGAGCUUAUCAAUAUCAUGUUCCGGACUCUGAUGGAUGCAUUUGCCCCGCUGGUUCGCCAGAGUAAGUACUGGCGGAUGAAUGUACACAAGGAUAUUGUGAAUGAGAAGAAGGUUGUUGAAGGGGGAUGGUUGAACUGGAAAAAGGAUGCUGUGACCGGGAUUAAUAACUAUGAGAACCCGGGAGCGUUGGAUGAUGUCAAAGCGGCAUUGGGCAAGUUGACUGAUUGGACGAAGGAGUAUAUCGUGCAGGAGCAGACAAUGAUUGGGGAGUGUGCGGCUGCUAUUGGAAGGAAUAUCCGUGGUGAGAAAUGA